AUGAUAACACCUUUUACUGCCAACAAGACUGCCCCAUUACCUUUUGCAUACAAAUACGAUAACCAAAUAUAUGAUUUCAAUCCAUAUGUGUCUCCUUCUGGCCACAGAAGAAAGAAACAAAGACGCAACUCUUCAAUGGCCUCAUCAGACGAUAGUGAUGUCAGCUCUGACUCUGAUUCCAAACCAACUAUAACUCUUGAUAAAAUGAAGAUAGAUGUGAACUUCGCCAAUGAAGUUUCGUUCUUCUCUGAGAGCAGCUCAUCGGAUUUGGAUUCGUUACCAGAUUAUUCUGAUGAUGACUUUUCUCCCUUUUCUGAUGUUGAAGAUGGUGAUACUACUACUGGUUCCGACUUUAGCUCACCUGAUAGAUGUGACUUAAAGUCACCUCCUUUGAUUAAGGGCUCCAAUAUUAACAGUAUAAUAGGCCAAGUAUCAGAGCUGGUGUCAGAGCCGGAACCUGAAUAUCAGCCGCCUUCUAUCUUUGAAGUACCUGAAAUCGUCUAUCGUAUCUUAAAGAUUGUGGAUGUUCAAACCACUCAUGUUCCACAAGAAGUUCCUCCAGUCUCUAGAAACAGCUGUACACUUCCGAAAUCUCUGUCAUCUCAACAAUUGACAUCAUCAAUGUCAGGAACAUUGUACAAUUGUCUCAUGGUGAACAGGCUUUUCUAUCAAAUUACGAAAGAGAUUUUGAAUGAAAAGAUCAUUUUCAGUAACGAAGGACAUUUCAAUAAGUUUGUUGAUGUACUUGAGAAAUCACUGAAUGCAAGAAUACUCAAACCAAAGGUAUUGGUUUUGCACAAAUUAUUCACUGCAAAGCAAAAGACCUGGGAGAUACUUAAAUCUCGUAUAGAUUACUCCAACAUAGAGCAUUUGGAGCUUUAUAUGUGUCCCAAGUUGUACCCCCAGUUUACCACCAAAGAAAGUACACUACAGUUAGAAAAGUUGAGGAAGUUGGUAGUCACUGGAUCUCGAGUGCUUGAUGAUAAGUUCUUAAUCAAUUUGAGUGAAACGUGUUGUAACCUCCAAACCUUAGAUAUACGUGCUUGUGAAUUGGUGAGUGAUUAUGGGAUAUAUUUCAUUGGGCAAAGAUGUACUCAGUUGAAGGAAAUCAAUUUUGGCCGUAAGAACCGAGGUAGUUUAAUUACGGAUCUGAGUUGUUCUGUACUCAUUAGAAACAAUAAGCAAUUGAAAACUGUGGGGUUUGCUGGGUGUCAUAUUUCUGAUAAAUCCAUAUGGGAUUUAGCAGUGAAUUGCAAUACAACAUUAGAACGAUUAAGUUUAAACAAUUGUCCAUUAAUUACCAAUCAACUGAUACCUUUGAUACUUCAUAGUGAUUAUUUUGAAAGAAUGUCUGUAUUAGAAUUGAGGUAUGUUUCCUCUGUUACCAAUUGGAAACCAGUGAUUGAGUUCAAAAGACGACAGGAGUUCAGAGGUAUAUCUAUGUUGAUUGAAGUAUGUGAUGAUUUGAAUAGGCAGAUGAAGAAACAAGAAUUAGAAAUGGAUAAGUGUUUGAGUAAGAGGAUCUUUCGAGAUAUUGUUAUUUGGAUGAAUGAGUUGGAUGAUGGAGAUUUGCCUUAUCAAACUUUUGUUGAACAACAACUGCAACAGCAGCAGCAGCAGCAAUCUGUUCAACUGAAGUAA